AUGCUGCAGCUUGAUGGUGGAGGCCUUGUCCCUGGGCUGCCAGGACCAGACCUAGCUGUAUCGAUUAAACGUCUUUCUCAAGGAACUGCCCACGAUGCCGAUUUUGGUGAACAGAAGGCCAUUACAGAAAUCAAUUUAGAGCUGAAUGCCAGAGGAGCCAUUCUCUACACCUUUGAAAUGUUCCGCCUCAAGUCCUGUGUGGAUUUCAAGCCCUAUGAAGGUGAGAGCUCAUAUAUCAUAUUUCAGAAGUUUAGUGGAUGCUGGUCAGAGGUUGGUGACAAACACGUGGAACAGAAUCUUUCCAUUGGCAAGGGCUGUGACCAUAAGGCCAUCAUCGAACAUGAGAUCCUGCACGCUUUGGGAUUUUACCACGAGCAGUCAAAGACUGACCGGGAUGAUUAUGUGACCAUCUGGUGGGAUGAAAUUAUUCCAGGCUACCAGCACAACUUUAACACGUACAAUGACAGCUUCAUCACAGACCUCAACACGCCCUAUGAUUACGAGUCUUUGGUGUACUACACACCUUUCUCAUUUAACAUGAAUGCAAAUGUCCCUACCAUUACGGCCAAAAUCCCUGAGUUUGAUUCUAUCAUUGGGCAGCGCCUGGAUUUCAGCACCAUUGACUUAGAAAGGCUGAACCAAAUGUACAAUUGCACAACAACUCACACCCUUUUGGACCACUGUGCUUUUGAGAAGGCAAACAUCUGUGGCAUGAUCCAGGGCACCAGAGACGAUGCUGACUGGGUUCAUGAGAACAGUGCUUGGCCAGGACAAGUGGAUCACACCUUGGUGGGAUGCUGCACAGGUGCUGGCUACUUCAUGCACUUCAACACCAGCUCAGGGUCAGCAGAAGAGGCAGCCCUGCUGGAGUCUCGGAUUCUUUACCCAAAGAGGAAGCAGCAGUGCUUGCAGUUUUUCUACAAAAUGACGGGAAGCCUUUCAGAUAGACUCAUCGUCUGGGUCAGGAGGGAUGACAGUACAGGCAACGUUCGCAAGCUGAUCAAGGUGAAGACCUUCCAAGGAGAUCUUGAUCAAAAUUGGAAAAUUGCUCAUGUGACGCUCAGAGAGGAAAAGAAGUUCCGCUACCUUUUUCAGGGCACAAAAGGUGACCACCAGAACUCCAAUGGGGGAAUUUACCUUGAUGACAUCACUCUGACGGAAACGCCAUGCCCCACAGGAGUUUGGACAAUACGGAACUUCUCCCAGGCUCUUGAGAACACAGUAAAAGGAGAGGGGCUUCUGAGUCCUCGAUUCUAUAACACAGAGGGAUAUGGUUUUGGGUUGACCUUAUACCCCCAUGGCAGAACAACCUCUACUAUCUCUGACUACAUAAAACUUGCUUUUCACGUGUGCAGUGGAGAGAAUGACGCUCUUCUGGAGUGGCCAGUUGUAGACAGACAGGUGAUAAUAACAAUUCUCGACCAGGAGCCCGAUGCUAGCAAUAGGAUGUCCUCCAGCCUGGUGUUCACUACCUCCAAGUCCCAGACAUCUUCAGAUAUCACUCACCUCUACCAGACUGAAGUUCCCACUAAAAACACAAGGCUGAUCCCCCAAGGCCUUGUUCUCCACGGUCAGGAGCAGCCAGCCCCAGAGGAAGGCACAGGGAAGGCCUUGGUAGAGAAAGCUCCACCCAGCAGCCUGGGCCAAGGGCAGACCAGCCGACAGAAGCGGUCAGUGGAGAAUACGGGCCCCAUGGAGGACCACAACUGGCCACAGUACUUCAGAGACCCGUGUGACCUGAACCCGUGCCAAAAUGACAGCAUCUGUGUGAACGUGAAGGGGAUGGCGAGCUGCAGGUGCAUCUCUGGACAUGCCUUCUUCUACACGGGGGAGCGCUGCCAGGCCAUGCAGGUGCACGGCAGCGUCCUGGAGCUGAUGAUUGGAGGCACAGCUGGUGCAAUCUUCUUGACCUUCACCAUCCUCUCCAUCAUUUUCCAAAGGUCAAGGCAGUGACUUGCCUGCUGAUGUUAGCCAGGCUGCAGGAGCACCUUCUCCCUCAGAUCUUCCCUUCUCAUGGUCAGUCCACUCUGGAGCAAUUUUUAUAAGCUUGCUUUGACUAGGCCUUCCGAGGACGAGGGCUUUGAACUGGUUCGUUCUGGUUCAACCCCCUACUGAGAAUUUGCAUUUCCACCCCAGAUAUACUUGAUCAGAAUCUAUAGUUUAAUGAG